AGAAAAAGCAAACCGAGUUUUCGUUCGUCGAUAACAGCAGCGAAAGAAAAUUCUUUUUACGUGAUUUUCAGUUACAAAAGCGGCGACAAUCCGGCAGAUUUGAGCGUUAAAGCCGGCGUACUUGUAGCGGAAACCGGUAGCACAAGGAAAAAUCAGCGAAAAUGUCCGACAUCGACGAUGAUUUCAUGUGCGAAGAUGAGGAAGACUACGGGCUGGAAUACUCCGAGGACAGCAACUCGGAGCCGGAUGUGGAUCUGGAAAAUCAGUACUACAACAGUAAGGCGCUCAAGGAGGAAGCUCCCCAGGAAGCGCUUAAGUCCUUCCAGAAGGUGCUGGACCUGGAGAACGGCGAGAAGGGCGAAUGGGGUUUUAAGGCACUCAAACAGAUGAUUAAGAUUAACUUCAAAUUGCAAAAUUACCCGGAAAUGAUGUCCCGGUAUAAACAAUUGCUGACCUAUAUCAAAAGCGCUGUGACAAGGAACCAUUCGGAGAAGUCGAUCAAUUCAAUUCUGGAUUACAUCUCCACGUCUAAAAAUGUAAGGAUUAUUGUGAUUCUCGUUUUGCUGAUUGAAUUAUUGAUUUUGUUAUUGAUGCAGAUGGAACUCUUGCAAAACUUCUACGAAACCACGCUAGAUGCGCUGAAGGAUGCAAAGAACGAUCGGCUCUGGUUCAAAACCAACACUAAACUUGGCAAGCUGUACUUUGACCGGAACGACUUCGGAAAGCUACAAAAGAUCCUCAAACAGCUGCACCAAUCCUGUCAAACCGACGACGGCGAGGAUGACCUGAAGAAGGGAACCCAGCUGUUGGAAAUCUACGCGCUUGAAAUCCAAAUGUACACCGUUCAGAAGAACAACAAGAAGCUGAAAGCCCUCUACGAGCAGUCGUUGCACAUAAAAUCGGCAAUCCCGCACCCGUUGAUUAUGGGUGUUAUUCGGGAGUGCGGCGGAAAGAUGCACCUCCGGGAGGGUGAGUUCGAAAAGGCUCACACGGACUUUUUCGAAGCUUUCAAAAACUACGAUGAGUCGGGUUCGUCUCGGCGCACCACCUGCCUCAAGUAUCUGGUACUAGCGAAUAUGCUUAUGAAAUCGGGAAUCAAUCCGUUCGAUUCGCAGGAAGCGAAACCGUACAAGAACGACCCGGAGAUACUGGCAAUGACCAACCUGGUGGUAAGCUACCAAAACAAUGACAUCAUGGAGUUUGAGUCAAUUCUACGGAACAAUCGAAACAACAUCAUGGCCGAUCCGUUCAUCCGGGAGCACAUCGAGGACCUGUUGCGCAACAUCCGGACCCAGGUGCUGAUCAAGCUAAUUCGCCCGUAUACGAAGAUCACAAUCCCGUUCAUUUCGAACGAGCUGAACAUCGAACCGGUCGAGGUGGAGAGUUUAUUGGUUUCCUGUAUUUUGGAUAGCACCAUCCAGGGUCGCAUCGAUCAGGUCAAUCAGGUGCUGGAACUAAACAAGGAAGCCCGCUGCGGAGCACGUGAUAGCGCCAUCGAGAAGUGGUCCAGCCAGAUCAAUUCGGUACAAACAGCCAUCAUCAACAAAAUGGCCUAGAGGGUAAGUUUGUGGCAACUGCUCUGCGACUAAAGACUGGUUCAGCCCACAGUUCACUCCCAGUUUAGCUUAGAUGAAAGCGCGGGGAAGGCUAGUCUGUCCUCCGACCUCAAAUCGCUUACAACUACCAUGCAACAUGAUUAUUAGAAACGAAACAGAGACCGAGAGUGUGUAGAGGAAGCUUACAAUAAAGACCUACGGAAGGAGUCAACCGUUGUUAUUAUAAAACCGGAA